AGUGUUACCAAAAAAAAAGUCUAUUAUUCUUUCAGAUUCCUAAAAAAUGUCUUCACUUGCAGAUUUAAUCAAUCUCGAUCUCUCCGAUUCCACUGACCAGAUCAUCGCCGAGUACAUAUGGAUUGGUGGAUCGGGCUUGGAUAUGAGAAGCAAAGCAAGGACUUUACCAGGACCAGUGACGGAUCCAUCGGAGUUACCGAAAUGGAACUACGACGGUUCAAGCACCGGCCAAGCUCCCGGCGAUGACAGUGAAGUCAUCAUCUACCCUCAAGCUAUCUUCAAAGACCCCUUCAGAAGAGGCAACAACAUCCUUGUGAUGUGUGACGCAUAUACACCGGCCGGAGAGCCGAUUCCGACGAACAAAAGGCAUGCGGCCGCUAAGAUCUUUAGCGACCCUAGUGUUGUCGCCGAAGAAACAUGGUACGGAAUUGAGCAAGAGUACACUUUGCUGCAAAAGGAUAUUAAGUGGCCGGUAGGUUGGCCGGUCGGCGGUUUCCCAGGUCCUCAGGGACCGUACUACUGUGGAGUUGGAGCAGACAAAGCCUUUGGAAGAGACAUCGUAGAUUCUCAUUACAAAGCUUGUCUUUACGCCGGAAUCGAUGUCAGUGGCACUAACGGCGAAGUUAUGCCCGGCCAGUGGGAGUUCCAAGUCGGUCCUACCGUUGGAAUCGCUGCCGCUGAUCAGGUCUGGGUCGCUCGUUACAUCCUCGAGAGGAUCACAGAAUUGGCUGGAGUUGUUCUGUCUCUAGACCCUAAACCAAUUCCGGGAGAUUGGAAUGGUGCAGGAGCACACACAAAUUACAGUACGAAGUCGAUGAGAGAAGAUGGAGGGUACGAGGUCAUAAAGAAAGCGAUAGAGAAGCUUGGAUUGCGUCACAAGGAACACAUUGCUGCUUAUGGUGAAGGCAAUGAGCGUCGUCUCACAGGAAAACAUGAGACCGCAGAUAUCAACACUUUCUUAUGGGGUGUGGCAAACCGAGGGGCAUCGAUUAGGGUUGGGCGUGACACUGAGAAGGCUGGAAAAGGAUACUUUGAAGAUCGUAGGCCAGCUUCGAACAUGGAUCCUUACACUGUGACCUCCAUGAUUGCUGAAUCCACAAUCCUUUGGAAACCAUGAAAGAAGAAACCUUGAGCUUCAAGGAAUCUCUAAUAUCAGUUCAUGUUCAUUCAUCUAUGGUCUCUUUUUUUUUUUUUUGUUUUGGUAAAAAUCUAUGGUCUCUUUCUCAUUCUGAAACAGUUCUCAUGUCUUCUUUGUUUAAAAUGUUUGAUUUGAAGUUCUGGGAAUAAUAUUUACUCCAGCUU